AUGGUAAACGUCUUUGUAUUUCUUGUAUACUUAUCUUUUCUUUGUGCACUUAAUUAUCAAGCUAAAUCAACAAAAAAAUAUGAAUACAUCAACCUUUUGUCAACUAAUGAUUACACGGACAAAAUACAAACGUUAAAGAAAUACAGCAUAAAGGAUAAUAAUGCUCCAAUUAAAAAUAAAUAUGUUUUUUCCUGUUAUGGAAGUUCAGGACAUAAUAAAAAGAAAAUUUUGGAAUACCUUUUUAACAUAUCUACUAUGAAAAAAAAUUGUAUUAAUUUAGGAUUUCAACAAAAAUUAGAUCUAUGGUUUGGCAUGGAUAAAUAUAACAAUUUGAACGUGGUACUUGACGUGGAUUUAUUACAGAAUAAAGAAUUUUCUGAAAACAUUGGAAACAACAUAUAUAAUUAUGAAAAAUUAAUCAACUUCAUUGUGGAGUCAACAAAUAGUAUUAUUAUACCUCUAUUAAAUGAUGAUAUAUGUUUCAUCGAAAGUAUUAAUCGUGGGGUAGAGAAUUUAACAGAAAAGCAAGCUUAUUCUGUAAAAAACAUUGAGGAGAAAAAUGAAAAUUGUACUUUAGUUUUUCCAAAAAAAAUGGAAAUAUUUUUAAAUCAACUAAAUGAGAAAGGAAAAAAUGUGCAUGUCUAUUUCGUUCUAAUGGAUGAUGAAGGGAUAACAAAACAAGAAAAAAAAGGCUGGGACAAAGACAUAAACUAUGAACAUUUUGUAAAAGAAUUAAAAAAAAAAUAUUAUAAUUUAAAGAAUAUUUAUUUAAUGAAAAAAAAUAAAAUAAACUUAGAUUUUUUGCAAAAAAAUAACAUAAAUAAAUACACCAUGUUUGUGAAUAACUUAGAAAAUGUGAUGAAAGAGUUGAAUAAUUUUAAAAAUUUUUGUCCCUUCAAUGAAAACUGUGUGUAUAAUAUAUACGUAAUAGAAGAAUCUUACAACAAAACAUUAAAUCAAUUUGAUAAAAUAUUCAAUGCAUAUGAGAAAGAAAUAACCCAAGGGAAUGUAAUUCCAAAUUACGGAAUCCUGUCUUCAGAUCUGAUAAAAAAUUCGCUCCUUUUUUUUCACAUAUUAACCUUUGAACAAACAGGCACUAAAUUUAAGGACACAAUUUUUGAAAAAUUAGAACAACGAUUUUUAUCAUUAAUACGUAAACAAAUAAUUAAACAGCUACUGUUGAUUGAAAAACAAAUCAUUAAUAAAGGAAAGAAUACCAUUUUAAAUAAAUACUAUGAAAAGAAAGAUAAAGAUUUAAUCAGUAAAGACGACAAAAUAAAAUUAUUAAAAAACUCUUUAACUGCAGAAUUCAAAGAAGGAAUAAAUAAAUUAAUCCCAAAUGAAUAUUUUAAAAAAGAAAAUGAUAUGUUUAACAAUACAAUGAUUGAAGAGUAUGUGGACCAAUUUGUUGAAAAAGUGGAACAAACUCUAAAGAAUUAUUAUCAAUUAAAUCAAAGUCCUUUAAAAAAAUUAUUUGAAAAAAAAAAAAUUGCACAUAACAUGAAAGAUAAGAGAAAAAAAUGGUUUAACCCAUCCUUAAAUUUGAAUUUAACUCUAACAUCCCUCGUAAGGAAAAGUGGAUACGGAAAUUUGCAAAGUUAUUUUAUUUACGAUUUAGGAAUGUUAACCUUUGUCUUUGGUUUGCUCAAUGACAGGGACACCCCUGAAGUGCAACAGCAGGGUGACAAAGUUCCCUUCUUUAAAUUUCAACCAAAGGUUAAUCUCAAGAUAAAUUUUAAGUGA